CCCCCCCACACACAACCCAAUCCCAAAGGACCCGCGCAAUCCCGCCUCAGACAGGGAGAAAACCGGAUGGAAUGAGGUCGCACGACGCUCGUUCCUCUCGUAACCGCGUCGCCCUUGUCCCUCGCCCGGCGUGUCCUCUGUCCCGCCGCGGUUAAUCCGGGAUGUUGCUCUCCUCCUGCUCCUCCACAUCCUCCACCACCGCGUCGUCUGCUCGGGCCAUCCUCUCCGCCAUCUUGCUCGCCUCGCUCGUCGCAGCGCAGAGCCUGAACGCGUCAGACACCUUCCAGUCGUCCUAUCCGACCGGCAACGAUCAGAUCCAACUAAGCCCUCCCAUCGGGUACGGGCCGCCCAGUGCUCAGAACAACACGCCGCGCAUCAACCUGGUCAAUCUGACUGUGAAUGCGGUCACUAAGCUCAGCGCGGAACAAGGCGAGAACGUCGCCAUCCACGAGAACAUUGUUUUCUUCCCUCCAAACUCCUCCUUCUCCAUUGCUCAGUUCUCAAACAGCAAUAUCGCCAUCAUCUGCUGCGACGAGGCUCCUGGCUUUCUGCAACCGAUUCAGGCCGUGCAAGAUGCUGUAUCACAGUCCAGCCCGGCCAUAGUUCUGUACAGUACAAGGCACGACUUUUGCAACUUGGAGACGGGCGGCACUAUACCUUCGAGCUACGCCAUCUACUCCACAAACGAUCCCAGCGCGUGGGUGACGAUCGAGGCAGCGAGGGCGGAGUUCGCUUACAACGGACAAUAUCCGACGCAGUGGUUGAUCGCACGUAAGACCGUGCUGGACAACAUCACCAUGUCGAGCAACAACGGUAACAGCGGAGGCUACGGCUUCGGCAGCGCAAAUGGCUCGCCGUCCACGGCGGUGGCCAUGAUUAUCUUGUACAGCAUCACAGGCGUCAUCACGGCACUGUUCCUCAUCAUCAUCAUUACCGGUGCCGUUCGGGCACACAGACAUCCAGAACGCUACGGCCCACGCAACGUUCUGGGAAGGCCUCGGCAGAGCAGAGCCAAGGGUCUCGCGAGGGCAAUGCUCGACACGAUACCGAUCGUCAAGUUCGGUGAGAGGGACGGAGAGCGACCAAAGCCCACAGACGUGGAAAUGACGAGCGCGGAGCCGAGGCCAUCCUCCGAGCAUCACGAUGCAAACGAUGCGACAAAGGACCAGAAGGCGACGACUCUUGAUUCGUCUCAGCCGGUUGCCGCGACCGAAGCUGGUGACUCCUCAACCGCUCGUGACCCUGCCGCGGCUGCGACCACGCCCAGCACCGCCGAAGAGUCCGUUUCCGAGCCGGCCAACGACGAAGACGCGCCGACUUGCUCAAUCUGUACCGAUGAAUUCGAGCGUGGUCAAGAUGUCCGCGUGCUACCGUGCGAGCAUCAGUUCCAUCCGGCUUGCAUAGAUCCAUGGCUUCUGAACGUCUCUGGCACGUGUCCUUUGUGCCGAAUCGACCUCCGCCCAGCGAACGAGCAAGAAGGCGAGUUUGGGCGACCGUCCGUGGAAGGCCCACUUCCACCACCUCUCGAAGCCGACGGCCCGGACUCUUCGGGCCUGCACCCGGGGAGCAAUCGAGCAUCCCGACGCCUGUCCGGCUUCAUCACCGACAUCCUGAACCCGAGCAGGAUGCAGUCCGCGUCGCGCGAGGAGCGCAUCGCGGCUCUUCGCCGCCUUCGAGAGCAGAGGGCGCAGAGCGGAGCCGAAGAGGUCGAGACGAGGAGGAGAAGAAGGCUCACGGCCAGGCUGGGCGAGACGUUUGGAGUGAGAACGAGAGCGAGGGGCACAAGCCCUCCCGCCUCUGCAACGACAGGAGCCUCCUCUUCGCUGGCAGUGCCUGAGCCGCAGUCUGCACCGGCACGAAGCAUCGCAGAGGAGAGCAUACCCGAGGAGGGCCCUACGACGAACAUGAGCGGCGCUCAGCAGCGACAGCAGUGAGACGUCGAAAGCGACCUGCUGCCGAUACGAAUUGUCACGAAGAAAGCCAUUAAAAAAAAUGACGAGACGACGGUUGAAAGAGCAAACAAUUUCUUUCCUUUCCUUUUUUUUUUUCUUCCUACCAUCCUUUUUUUUUUCUGGUUUUUUUCCUGUGGGAAACUGGCAAAACAUCCUGGGAGGUCGGAUUGCGUAUCCCAAGCAUACGGUCGGAGAAUUCUUCAUCUUCAACUGAAACCAAGCGCAUCAAGUGUCACGCGACUCUUGUGUGUUAGUGUGUGUGUGUGUGUGUGUGUGUGUGUGUGUGUGCGUGU